AUGAGGCAGCUGGUCUGUUCGACCAGGGCUAACGGGUUGGCCUUUUGUUGGCUGGCGGUGGGUGGUUGUGUGUUUGAAGUGAAGAAUGGUCGAACAGGGGUGAGUACGUUGAACUCGGAUAGUGGGUUGACAAACUCAGAUAGUGUCUACGUGGACGAUCGGCUCAUUGGGUUGACGGAGUAUGCAACGUUUUGCAAUGAGGAUGCGACUGCUCAGCUGGCGAAAUUGUUGUCAGAGUCGGAGUGGCAGCGUUUGCGGUCAGUGGAAGCGGCGGACUUGUGGGAGUGUACGUUGGUGUACGUAGAGUUGGCAGCGAUAAUUUUGUUGUUUGCGGACAAUCCAUUUGGGAGUGUGUGUGAAGUAGCGAAGGCGGAGUGGCCAUUGGAAUUGGUACGGCGACGUUGGGAGGUGGGUUGCCUAUUGGAGCGUUCGGGGGCGUUGGUGGAGAAGUUGGCGAAGUUUUGCGUGCAAACGUUGCGCUACAUGUCCACGCCGUUCCACUGGGCCUUGGAGUGUCUGACGAUACCAGAUCGGGUGCAAUACGCCAGCCGGGUGCGUUACGACGCCGCCACUGCCCGGGCCGCUUUCCAGAAGCGCGCUAAAGAACUGUACGUCACCCUCACGGCUCCCGAGUUUAUUCGCCUUUGGGUUGAUCGACAUUCAAUAAUCCCAAAGAAGGACUUGGUCGAGAAGGCGGGCGGGAUCGAAAAUUCUCUCGCGCACUUUCUGGCGAAACUCAAGGGCCCGCUCCGACCCCUGUCCUGGGUGGCGGCGUCAACGAAUCCGAAGGGGCCGUACCGGCGAACGGGGGGGAGUUUCUUGCGAUGCGCGCACAUACGCACGACCGGACACAUCCUGAACCGCGAGCGGGCCCGGGAGAUAUUGUGGGACCUCCUCGGGGGCUCUCUGGCCUGGAACAAGCUGGACGCCAUGAAAGAGAUUGAUUUUAUGGCCUGCAGUCUGGCGUAUGUGGAGCUCGCCGCCAUCGUAGAACGGGUCAUAUUUCAAGCCUUUGGGAGCGCCGCGCCCAGUCUGUUGAAGAAAUUCGAAGCCGUCAUAACCGAUAAACGCAUCGUCUACGCCUGGAUCGGCGGCUGCAUCCUCCAGUUUGCGCAAGUACCCAUCUCAGACCUCAUCCACUUCUGCGCGCUCGACCUACACUACCAACCGUCUACCGACUACUGGACGCUCGAGUGCAUCAGACAGGGACCCGAGGACAUCCGGCGAGAGAGAGCAUCGGGAGACCCCAGCGUUCGCCUCACCGAAUUGCUAGCCGGCUUCCAAGAAAAAAUGUCCGUCACAGAAUUCGCCGAGCUGGCAGCCUUAAAACGACGCGACAAGGCAACCCGCCUCAGGCAACGCGCCUCCGCUCAUCGACUCAACGAAAACACCCACACCCAGAAGCCAGACGGACCAAGGGGGGUCCAACUCACAAGUAGUCACCAGUUAAACGUCCAAUUUUCAGCGGCUCGGCUUCUGGCCUUUUCUACUAAAGUCAAGACCGGAGCCGGAGAGGACAAGACCGGAGCCGGAGAGGACAAGACUGGAGCCGGAGACGACAAGACUGGAGCCGGAGACGACAAGUCUGGAGCCGGAGACGACAAAAAUGGAGUCGUCUUGGUCGGAGUCGAAAAGGUCAUGAGAAAAAGGAAAGAGAUAGACCAGAGGAUGCGGCUACAUAUUUUGUUGCUUUUCGGAGCCGCGCAAACAAAAGUGUGUGCGCACAUACCAGUUAAUCCGUUUAACCAGGAGAAUAAUUUAAAAAGAAGCCUGGUUUUAGGAGGAGUUGUGAUGAGAUCUUCAAUUGCAGGCGGGUCGGUGGAAACGAACACGUUGUUGUUGGGUGCUAUAGUAACAUGUGAGGUGUUUGGUAAGACGGUGGAUUUGGUGAAAGCCGUUGCGCCGGUAAGGCCGUGGGAUUCAAUAAGCACAUUAAUGGUCGACGGUUUAAAGUUACUGGAGAACAUACCGGACCUAGUAGUGGGGAUGCCCGGUGUGGAGCAUGUAGACCUGUCCACAGAGGAGCUGGAUGGUCUGCAUGCCGAGGUUACGGAGAACUGGAAGUUGCGUUCCAGAAUCAUGGUGAUACAAAGCGAUUGUCUGCAUGCUAUCGAUCAAGUGUGUCAAGCACACCCACAGACGUGUGGAGUUCCGAUGGAUCUCAGGGGGAAAAUUCAACAGUGGCUGGAUGUUUUUCGAAAGGACGCGGAAUGGGACAGGUCCAUGUUUCCUGGAGUAGAGGCAACCACCAUGAAGGAUUUGAAGUUUGCCAUGCUAGGGCUCUCCCGACUCCCCGGGACGCAUGUGCCUGCUAUCCUUCUACCAGAACUGAUGCCCUGGAGCCCCGACGCGGUCCUGCGCAGUCUGUGGAAAGAUGCCAAAGCCCGGCUAGAAGCGGGGGACUGCGAUACCAAGGACGACGAAGGCGUGAUGAACGCACUCGUGGUCUGGGAUACUUUCAAAGCAAAAGUAAGAGAGCAGGCGGAACGCGGCUGCGGUUUUUCACAAUAA